CCCAGCCCCUCCACAGCCCCCGAGCUUUCCUGAGCAGCUGAGCUGGAGCUGGAACGCAGACCGAAAGGCCCCACAGCGUGUGCCCAGGAUGAUGUCCUACGGAGAGAGACUGGGGAGCCCAGCGGUCUCCCCACUCCCCAUCCGGGGGGGACACAUGAUGCGUGGGGCGGCCUUUGCUUAUGUGCCCAGCCCACAGGUCCUGCACAGGAUUCCAGGGACCUCAGCCUAUGCCUUCCCCACUCUGGGCCCCGUGGCCCUUGCUGAGCACGGCGGUCCCUACGGGGAGGUUCUGGAGUUCCACGAUCCGCUGCCUGCCAAGCUGGCCCUGGAGGAGGAGCAGAAGCCAGAGCCUGGGUUGGUCCAGAAGUUGCAGCAGGUGGGCAGCACCCUGCUCAAGGUGCCGCUGAUGCUCGGCUUCCUCUACUUCUUCGUCUGCUCCCUCGACGUGCUCAGCUCGGCCUUCCAGCUGGCUGGAGGGAAGGUGGCUGGUGACAUCUUCAAGGACAGCGCCAUCCUGUCCAACCCGGUGGCGGGGCUGGUGGUGGGCAUCUUGGUGACCGUCCUGGUGCAGAGUUCUAGCACGUCCACCUCCAUUAUCGUCAGUAUGGUCUCCUCCAGCUGUGAGUCAGCCCCCAGGGCCCAGGGAGAGCUGGGCAGGGAGCUGGCGGCAUCUCCUGCCCCAGGCCUGCCCUGCCAUAUGGCCUCCCUGCCCAGGGCCUUUGCGGGGGCCACGGUGCAUGACUGCUUUAACUGGCUGUCCGUGCUGGUCCUGCUGCCCCUGGAGGCUGCCACCGGCUACCUGUACCACAUCACUCACCUCGUGGUGGCCUCCUUCAACAUUCGCGGCGGCCGGGACGCCCCAGACCUGCUCAAGAUCAUCACGGAGCCCCUCACCAAACUCAUCAUCCAGCUGGACCAGUCCAUCAUUACCAGCAUCGCCACUGGGGAUGAGACCCUGAGGAACCACAGCCUCAUUCGGAUCUGGUGCCACCCGCGCCCCUUGGAGGCUCACACCUCCAUGCCCAGGGCAGAGGCCAACGCAAGCUGGCCCCUUGGAAAUGCCACCUUGGAGAAAUGCAAACACCUCUUUGUGGACACGAAGCUGCCCGACCUGGUCGUGGGGCUCAUUCUGCUGGCCAGCUCCCUGGUGGUCCUGUGCACCUGCCUCAUCCUCCUGGUCAAGACACUCAACAGCCUGCUCAAGGGCCAUGUGGCCAAGGUCGUUCAGAAGGUCAUCAACACCGACUUCCCCGACCCCUUCUCCUGGGUCACGGGCUACCUCGCCAUCGUGGUGGGCGCAGGCAUGACCUUCGUAGUCCAGAGCAGUUCCGUGUUCACCUCGGCGAUCACCCCGCUCAUCGGCCUGGGUGUGAUCAGCAUUGAGCGGGCCUAUCCCCUCACCCUGGGCUCCAACAUCGGCACCACUACCACCGCCAUCCUGGCUGCUCUCGCCAGCCCCAAGGAGAAGCUGCCCAGCUCCGUCCAGAUUGCUCUCUGCCACUUCUUCUUCAACAUCUCGGGCAUCCUGCUGUGGUACCCAGUGCCCUGCACACGCCUGCCCAUCCGCAUGGCCAAGGCACUGGGCGAACGCACGGCCAAGUACCGCUGGUUUGCUGUGCUCUAUCUCCUGGUGUGCUUCCUGCUGCUGCCCUCGCUGGUGUUCGGAAUUUCCAUGGCGGGCUGGCAGGCCAUGGUGGGUGUGGGCACGCCCUUUGGGGCCCUGCUGGCCUUCGUGGUCCUUGUCAACUUCCUGCAGAACCACAGCCCCGGGCGCCUGCCCAAGUGGCUGCAGACCUGGGACUUUCUGCCACACUGGAUGCAUUCCCUAAAGCCUCUGGACCGCCUCAUCACUCGUGCCACCCUCUGCUAUGCCAGGCCUGAGCCCCGCUCGCCCCAGAUGCCCGCCAGAGUCUUCCUGGAGGAUUUGCCCCCUGCCACGCCCUCCCCUAGCCUGGCACUGCCUACUCGCAAUACCGCCACCCGCCUCUAGGGGAAUUGGUGCACAGGGCGCGGAUGGACCAGCAGAAAGCCUGUGUGUGCACAUCUGUGCCGGACUGGCUGUGUGUUUGGCUUAGGUCCACAGAGAUCUGGGUGUGUGGCUGUGCCCGUGCAUGUGGGCAUCCUCGGGGUGCGUCUGUGUGCCAUUGCUUGGGUGCUUCCAUUUGUGUGCACACACGUGUCCCUGUGCACAGCUACACGUCGGGAGGCUGGGCGCAUGGUGCAGGCCACCUGGGAAUGAAUGCCUUUGAGUCCCUUGUACAGGUAGAUGGAAGCCUGUGUGACCACUCAGGGCUGACUGGAGUCCGUGACUGUGGGCCGGUUUGCUUGAGCGCUUGUGUGGGUGCCUGAGUCAUGAACUGAAUUCUCACCCCUCCCUGGGCCUUCCUGCCUCCAUGACAUCAUGGCUUCUCGCCCUCACCCAGGGUUCUGACACCCACCCACCCCGCCACCACUCCCUGCUUGAACACCGCCUGAACAAAUUAAACUCUCCUUGUGCA